AGCUGUGCUGGUGGUGUGUUAUGUGGUAGGAGUAAUGGGCAGUCCGGGUUGCAACGACUGUGAAGUUGAGUGACUCAAGGGGGUUGCGCCUGGGAUGAUGGUGAACAGAUAUUCUGGACUGGUAUAGAGGUCACCCACUAGCUUGGCACUGUUGAAUGCCGUUGCUUGCGCUUGAUCUCAAUCUCGAUAGCGUCUCGACGCGUCCGAAGACCACCGCUGCACAACGCCCCCUACGUUGUGCGUUCACACUCCACUUAUACUAACUGCCGAGCGCCGAGAGCCGCAUACCCAUCCGCAGACACCCGUUGUGCGCGCUGAACGUAACUUCACAGACGCCAUGGCCCCAUCCAACAGCAAGAAGCCCGCAUGGGCAACGGCUCAGCUCACCUCUGUGCUGGGAUCCCACGUUGUCUUUCAGCGGCAUAAUAUGGUGGUACCUCCAAGGAUCUUACCAGACGAUGUCGAACGCGCCAUCCGAAUCCUUGAUCAGUACGACCCGUCAACAGCGAAAGCAGGUGCUAAAGACCUCAAGCCAAUUGACUACAACUACGCCAGUUACAGAGUCAAUGAGGACUUGCGUCCUAUGGCUAAAGCAGCAGACAUGGCCAAUCUUCAUCAACCGGGGAUACUUAAAACGGAGCUAGCCAGGAGACUGAUCGAAUGGGAUUUACUGAACAUCCCACUCAUGGCUGCUCUGCUUCCGCGCUCAUUAGAUAAGGCCACUAAACUCGCCAUUCCUAAGAGGGUUGUUUCAACGCAGAAAAAGGCCGAAACGGAGCCAGCAGAGUCGAAGAAGCGUAAAGCUGUGCCAACUAAAGUCACAGCGGCUAAAAAGCCCCGGAGCGAUUUCAACACUGCUUCAGAGGACCACAACGUAGAGAUGGAUGAUCAGAACGAACUAGAUUACGACGAUUCCCUCCCACAAACUGCUAUCGAGGGCAGCACUUCGACUCGAACACUCGCUCAGGCGCGGACACGGCUCCGUAAGCCUCGAAAUGGCCAGCCACCUGCUACUCAGGCACAUCGCAACGCAAACAGUGGCGUGGCUAGACUGGCGCGAGGGCAGGUCGAGGAAGACGAAGGUGGUACCAGCGACGAUGCAUCGGCCCACAACCGCAAAGAAGACCACAGGAUGCUCGAAACUGAGGUUGCAGAGGUGCAAGUGGCAGGGUCAGAGCGAUGUAGCAUUAGGGGGCAAGCGGGUAGGCGCGCCAAGGGCAAGAGGAAGACUACCGAACAGGUCGCAGAUGAGAAACGCCUCAAGGAAAAAGAGAAGGAGCGAAAGAUGCACAAUGCACGGCGGCUCGGUGGCUACUCCGACCCUGAACUCGCCGAGGCCUUUCGCGUUCUGCAUAAGACUGUUCUGGUUCCGAUGCAUAGCAAGACACAAGAAGGGGUUGAGCCAGCACCGACUGAUCAGCUAGGCAUGCGGGAGUAUAAGGAGAGGCUCCUUGAUGAGGCUAGGAAGGAAGGACGCAAAGUAGAGGUGUGAAUGGCUGGAGGAACAUCAUCACCUCAUUCAUCAUGAACAGAACAUCGAGAAGUUGUUCUCGAUCAUUGCGGCUUAUGAUUUCUUUGUUUAUCGAAGAAUAUAUAGGGCGCCGCGAGAAGCCAUGCAAUUCUUUGGAUGUAUUGACUUUCUCUUUGUCGCUAAGUUCCACAUUCCGGGACAAAGAAUUAGAAACCUGUUCUUAUGUUCGGCGGCUGUAUCAGCAAUGGAUUGCGUCUUGACAUAUAAUUGAUUGCGAACAUCACG